CAGCAGCAGCUGAGCAGCCAGGGGUCGCGGGCAUGCACCAGCUGAAACUGCGUGCUAACGGGUCUUCCUCCUCUGGUGCCCACGGCCCGCACAGUCCUUAAAACAGCUGCCCUGCUGAUGGAGCAGAAAUAACAGGCUCCGGAUCCCGGUUCACCUGAGGGGGCACAGAGAAGGGGUGUAGCGCCUGGAGGAAAGCAACUGUCACGGACCUCUCAUGAUCAUGUUUUCUCGUGAUCAGGCUUCCCCACUUCUUGGGACUCUGAGGUACCCCCGCUCUGGACCUGAGGAAGUAGUUGCAGCAAUGACUGGGUUUGUGCUUUUAUGGCAGUCGCAGAUAUGGCCAAUGCACCAUAAACCAAGAAAGCUCCACCAAAGUUUCCGAGAGACCUCCAUUUGAUCGAUCAAGUUCUCAGGAUUCUUUGGAUGAAGUGUCAAUGGAAGCCUAUUGGGCAGAACUGGAACACAUCAAGAGGUCGAAUGAAAACCGCCAAGAAGGUCAAGAGGCCAUAGUUGUCAAAGAACCUGAUGAGGGAGAACUGGAAGAAGAAUGGCUCAAGGAGGCGGGUCUAUCCAAUCUUUUUGGAGAGUCUACUGAUGACCCGCAGGAAAGCAUCCUGUUUUUAUCUACCCUGACCCGGACUCAGGCAGCGGCUGUUCGGAAACGGGUGGAAACGGUCUCCCAGACCUUGAGGAAGAAAAAUAAACAGCACCACAUUCGUGACGUCAGAGACAUAUUUGCUCAACAGAGAGAGGCACAAGAAAAAUCUCCAGAUGACGCAGACUUGCAGCCAAUCAGAACAAACGAAAACAAAGGCCAAGGAAAAGAUGAUCAGCCAUCUAGUGGGGCUGUCGAUAGCGAGGAGCAGAUCUCACGGGUGCCUGAGGACACACCUGCCUCCGAAACGGACAUCAAUCUGGAGGUGUCGUUUGCGGAGCAAGUGGUCAAUCAGAAAGAGUUCAGUAAGGAGAGGACGCAGAAGAUCAGCACCAAUGACUCUUUGCCUAGUUUCCGACUGCCAAAAGAUAAAACAGGUACGACAAGGAUUGGAGACUUGGCACCCCAAGACAUGAAGAAAGUUUGCUUUCUAUCCCUGAUUGAACUCACUGCCCUGUAUGAUGUGUUGGGCUUGGAACUCAAACAACAGAAAGCUGUGAAAAUUAAAACCAGAGACUCUGGUCUUUUCGGUACUCCUUUAACGAUAUUGUUAGAACAAGAUCAAAGAAAAGUCCCUGGAACACGAAUACCCUUGAUCUUUCAAAAACUGAUUUCUCGAAUUGAAGAAGGCAGUCUGGAAACCGAGGGCCUUCUACGGAUACCAGGAGCAGCCAUGAGAAUCAAGAAUCUUUGCCAAGAACUAGAAGCGAAGUUUUACGAGGGGACUUUCAAUUGGGAAAGUGUCAAACAGCACGACGCGGCCAGUCUGCUGAAGCUCUUUCUGAGAGAAUUGCCCCAACCACUGCUGAGCAUGGAGUACCUCAAAGCCUUCCAGGAUGUCCAGAAUCUUCCAACCAGAAAGGAACAAUUGCAGGCUUUGAACCUCCUUGUCAUUCUUCUACCUGACGCAAACAGAGACACACUGAAGGCCUUGCUUGAAUUUCUCCAAAGAGUCAUAGAUAACAAAGAGAAGAACAAGAUGACAGCUGGGAACGUAGCAAUGGUCAUGGCCCCAAAUCUCUUCAUGUGCCACACGCUGGGCUUGAAGUCCAGUGAACAGCGAGAAUUUGAAAUGGCAGCUGGGACAGCAAAUGUCAUGCACUUAUUGAUUAGGUACCAGGAACUUCUAUGGACAAUUCCUAAAUUUAUUGUAAACCAAGUGAGGAAGCAGAAUAUUGAGAAUCAAAAGAAGGAAAGGAAAGCCAUGAAGAAAUUGCUGAAGAAAAUGGCUUAUGACCGGGAAAAACAUGAAAAGCAAGAUAAAACUGCAAAUGGUGCUGAUGUUCCUCAGGGAGUGAUUCGAGUGCAAGCUCCCCAUCUCUCAAAAGUUUCCAUGGCAAUACAGCUAACUGAAGAACUAAAAGCCAGCGAUGUGCUUGCCCGGUUUCUCAGCCAAGAAAGUGGGGUUGUCCAGACACUCAAGAAAGGAGAAGUUUUCCUGUAUGAGAUUGGAGGAAAUAUUGGGGAACGUUGCCUUGAUGACGAUACACACAUGAAGGACUUGUACCAACUGAACCCGAAUGCUGAUUGGGUCAUAAAAUCCAAGCCUCACAGGGGAAUGUUGCCUCGAUGAUGACACACACAUGAACGACUUGUACUAACUGAAACUGAAUGCCGAGUGGGUCAUAAAAUCCAAGAGAAGAUUGUUUAGAAAAAUUCAUUUAAUUAUAACAUUUCUUUACAAAAGGCAAUGGCACGAAUGAAUCCCAAUGGAAUAAACACAGUAUACAUUCUGGAAAGAUAUUCCAUGCUCAUGGAUUGGCAGGAUUAAUAUAGUCAAAAUGGCUAUCUUGCCAAAAGCAAUCUACAGAUU